GAAGAAAUUCGACAUAAUCGCGAAAUCAAUUGUUUGAAUAACCCUAAAAUUCGAACUUCGACAUAAUAGUGAAAUCAGCUGUUCCAAAUUAACAAUGUCCAUCAUUAUACCGAAUUCAUGUGUAAAUGCAUAAAAAUGCAAUUAAAAUGAACAAAUUCGACAUAAUUGCGAAAUCUAUUGUUUGAAUAACCCUAAAAAUCGAACUUCAACACCAGCGAAAUCAGCUGUUUGAAUAAGCUUACCCGGAGGAUGGACUCAACCCUUGGACUUUCCGGACGGACUGAAGCGGACUGAAGCCUUAUACAAGCAGCGGAUCAAAAAAGCAAUUCAACAACAAACUUCAAACUAGUCGCAGAAUUUUUCGUAUACUCACUGAGUUAAGGUUUUGCGAAAACGAGUAACGACAUAAGAAUUUCGUUUGUUCACUGUCAUUAACGGGCGUCAACAGGCCAUUUGCUGAAAGUUACAAGUAUACCCUUAAGAUUUGUAUGAAGAGACAGUUAUACCUCCUGAUAUACAUCAAAUGUUUCUCAGCCUGAUGAACAAGAAUUUUUUCUCCCCAGAAGCUAUCUAUCUAUCAUCCCCACAAAAUCUAUCACCUUCUCCCAAACGGAGAAAACACAAUAGACAUUAGACAAUUGCUGCUUUUUCAACAAAUCAAAGUAUAGCUCGGUUGAAUCUGAAGUUGUGCUUUGAUGGCACCUUGAUUCGGACGCUCGACUUGGUUUCUCAAGAAUAUAUGGCUCGAAACCAGGACUUUCAUAUCGUCAUGGUCUAUUUACCUUACAGAAACAGUGUGGACCCACUAUUGUUCCAGGAGGCUGUCAAUCAUGUCUUACGUGAGCUCGAGAUACCUCCUAAUCCUAAUUGGUGGGUUUCGUUCAAUGACUUUGUAAGCCGCAAGCUCUGGAAAGUUGGUGUGGAUCUUUGCUAUUCCAAUGAUGAAGAUCAAGUGGUCAUUUUGGACCCCAAAAUGAACGUUGCGGAUUACUUGGGGAAAUAUGUGAUUAAUCGGUUGGGUAUCAAUGGAUAUCCCUUCACCAGGCACUUCCUUGUCCAGAGAGAACUGGAGGCGAUAAGGGCAGUCACCUUAGAGUCUUUGCUGGUUUAUGGGUCACGGGAUUAUGUUCUUCGCAUGAAUAUGACUAAUGAUGUUGAUCAAGUGCCUAUAGCAGAACUCGGGGGAAAGAAUGUUCUUCUUUACAUUGACCAACUGGAAACGCCGUCAAACACUUGUCAUACAUUGCUUGACUGGUAUGAUCGGACUAAGAAGACAGCAAAGGCUGUUGAUUGUGAAGUGGUAUUUGUUCACUUUGAUGGCAAAGAAGCUACUAGUACACCUUUUGGUAGUGCAAAGCCAAUAAUGCCAAUACAAAUGCCUAUGCCAUGGUUGGUGUGCCCCUUUGACCCCCAACACAUUGUUUUUGUGAAAGAAGUGAUUUUCAAGGCCCAUCCAAAUGUGGGUGGUAUUCUUGCAGCAUUUGAUAAAGAUGGCCAUAUCAUCACAUUAUAUGCUAAAGAUCUUCUAGACUCAUUUGGACCAGAGGGUUUCCCAUCGUACGAUGGCUUGCACAACGAGAUGGUUCACCAUAUUGGGCUUCAUUAUGAUUUAAACAUGGAUGAUUUGUUUGAUGUGGCCCUCUGAAAUCCAAUCCAUCACUAUUAACCUGCGAUAGUAGAGAGUCUCUCCUUUUCACAUAAUAAAAAUGCAUGCAUUUUGUCA